CUUGUGCAAACCCAACUGAUUACUUGAUGUUAAUGUCGUGAUUACGGUUACAAGUCAUGUAGUACGUAACAUAACCUCUGAGAAGUUGAUGUUUACAUCGGUUUAUGCAAGGAGGAUUUAUUCUUUGAACUUGCAGUGAGCUGAAAUGGAGGGAACCUACCAAUGGAUGCUGGUCUGUUUCAUUUGUGUUAAUACAUUGCCAGCCUUGUUAUCUGAGAAAUGUUUAAGCAAAAGCCAGAAAACACAUCUGUAUCUUGCAACUAAAUCACCGUAUCGUUAUUUAAUCAAUAAAAAUGACUCUUCUGUUCACUAUCCAGGUUGUAAUGUACUUCGGAUGUGGAUGAUUGUUCGCCAUGGAACACGAUAUCCUGGUUCUAAAAUUAUACGAAAGAUGAGAGAGAGAUUACCUGUGUUACGUGAUUCUGUGAUACAGAACCAUAAAUUAAAACGAGGGAGGCUUUGUAAUGAAGAAAUAGCUGCACUUCAGACUUGGUCUUCUCACGUAGAAGAAACGGAUGAAAAACGCCUUGCUCAUGAGGGUGAAGAUGAAAUGGUAGAAUUAGCAGAGAGGUUUCAGAACCGCUUUCCACAAAUUCUGCCAGAUGUUUAUACGAACUCAACAUUUAAGUUCCAGUUUACUGCGACGCAGCGCACUACUGAGAGUGCUCGUCAUUUUACCGUUGGGCUCUUUGGACGAAGAGUAAGUCGGCAUGUUUGGUUUCCAGAGGCCAUAUACAGAGAUCCAGUUCUCAGAUUUUAUAAAUUAUGCCAAAGAUGGCGUGUAGAAGUAGACAAAAAUCCAUAUUCUUUGUUGGAGAGAACAAAAUUUGAGGAGGGACCAGAAAUGUCUGCUGCACUUAAAGAUGUUAGUUUUCAUUUGGGAUUCAAUGAAACCAUGAAUAUUGGUGACGCUAUUCUUUUGUAUAUUACAUGCUCAUUUGAGACAGCUUGGGACCACCGUGCACAGUCACCAUGGUGUGCUGCAUUUUCAGAAAGUAAUAUGAAGGUUUUUGAAUAUGCAGAAGAUCUGGAACACUAUUGGAUUGAUGGCUAUGGAUACAACAUCACAUACAAGCAAGCCUGUCCACCUGUUAAAGAUAUGAUGCAACAUUUUCUUGCAGAAGAAAUACCUGGAGAUGAACCAAAAGCUCAAGCUGUAGUGUACUUUGCUCACUCUGGUACUCUGCUGAAGAUGCUGGCUCACCUUGGUCUGUACAAAGAUGAAAAUGCAUUACUUCAUAGCAACUUCAAUACAGUGGGGAAAUACAGGAAAUGGAGAGUUAGUCAAAUUGACAGCUUUGGAGCCAACUUAGCAUUCAUACUUUUCAGGUGCAAUGGACAACUGAAGGUGUUGACUUUGCAUCAGGAGAAACCUGUCACUUUGCCUGGCUGUCCUAAAUUUGAUUUAUGUCCAUUAAAUGUCCUGAAGCAGCAGUAUAAGGAAAGUUUCACUGAUUGCAACUUUAACGAUAUUUGUGCAUUGUCUCCAGAGGCUGCAUAAUAUGUACAUUUUGGAAUUAAAAAGUGUCAGGUACAUUAAUGUGUUCAGUCAGUGAUAUAUAUUUCUCAUUUAUUGAAAGCAAAAUUCUGUCUGCAAGUGCGUGUCAGUAAUCUAACCUAACUCAACCAAUUAUAUUCCCUUGUAAACUGAUCUUUGUGCAUGGUCAUCAGCACUUAACCACUCAACAUAACAUAACAUAACCUCACCCAACAAACCUAACCUAACCUAACAUAACAUAACUUAACCCAACCUAAUCCAACUCAAGUAACACCCUUUAAAACUCUGUGUGUAUUUCUGCUUCUUAAAUAUAUAUUUGGCUGCACACCUA